AUGGCAUCAGGUAAGGGACCUGGCCGUCCUCUCGCACAACGAGCUGACCAAGCAGAUAUCGCCCGUGCUAUGCCCUUGACUGCUCAUGGCCACUCACGACCUGUUACGCAUCUUCACUUUUCUCAUCUGGUUGACGAGACAGACUCUUACCUAAUCUCGGCAUGCAAGGACAACAACCCUAUGCUACGUGAUGGAGUGACUGGAGAUUGGAUUGGCACGUUCCUUGGACACAAAGGUGCCGUUUGGUCAUCGCGACUCUCCACCGAUGGUACAUUGGCUGCUACUGGCAGCGCCGACUUCACAGCACGAGUGUGGGAUCCUCAGACUGGCGAGUGCCUCCACGUCCUCAAUCAUAACCACAUUGUCAAAACUGUUGCGUUUCCAAUCCAAAACAAACCUCAAUUUCUUGCGACAGGCGGUGUAGAGAAGAAACUUCGCAUUUUUGACUUGUCUCAUGGCAGUGUGGGGCCAUCGCUUGGAGACGGUGAACCUAGAAUUCCUUCCAGCAACCUUCAAGGAAUGGAAGUUGGUGUUGGCGUACACACAGCUCCAAUCAAGUCAGUCGUCUGGAACGUCGACUACAACAUCCUUACGACUGCUGCUGAAGACAAGACAAUACGUUGGUGGGACCUUCGAGCUCAGCGAAUGAUAUACAGCUUUACGACAGAUCGCGACAUCAUGUCCUGCGAGCUCAGUACCAACCAGGCAGGUGAUAAUGGCGGUGUAGUACUCAGUGCAGCUACUGGCAGUACUUGCUACUUCUUCGAUGCGUAUCGACCUGGCGAGCUGAUGAAGAGUGUGAAGUUCGAUUAUGAGGUUGCCAGUGUUGCCAUCAAUCCAGUCGCUGGUCGUUUCGUGACUGGAGGUCACAAAGAUUUCUGGUUGCGAGUGUACGACUACGAGACUGAGCGGGAGUUGGACAUACAGAAGGGCCAUCAUGGUCCGGUGUGGACAAUGGCAUUUGCACCUGAUGGCAAAGUGCUUGCGACAGGAAGUGAGGAUGGUACCGUGAAGCUGUGGAAGCACUGUCAAGGACCACACGGAUUGUGGCCUUGA